AUGGAUCACGAGGAUAUUGCGUCAAAUUUGGGUCAGCUUGUUUGGGAGUUCUCAAGGAAAGUUCGACGUCUAGCUACUCGGCCGCUUUUAGAAAUCGAACUGAGCGCGUCAAGGAGGGAGCCCGCGAAGGAGCGCAAUGAAUGGCUUGAAGGUCGAGGAGCCAAGCAAUCCGUGAAGCAGGGAGCCCAGGCCGUUGGAGAGACCGUUGGCGAGGGUGUUGAGACCGUCAAGGAGGGAGCCAAGGAUGGAGCCGAGGCUGUCGCCAGGAAGGCCGGAGAAGCUGGAGGAUUUACCGCCGGACUUCUCCGCGGAAAAAGGGAGACGAGAGAAACCGUCGCUCACUCGGCCAAGGAAGGAUACGAAGAGGGCAAGGAAGCUGCUGCCACCGCCGCCACCGUAGUCAAGGACGGAGCCGUUGAGGGCGCGAAGGUUGCCGGCGAAACCGCUGCCAAGGGAGCCGGAGCCGUGGUUGGAGUUGCCCAUUACCCCGGUGAAUGCGUCGUUGAUGGCGCCAAGGCCGUUGGAGAGACUGUUGCUGAUGGAGCCAAGGCCGCCGGACACGGAGUUGCCAAGGGUGCCGGAGCCGUCGUGGAGACCGCAUCGCAGGGCGCCGAGGCCGUUGCUGAUGGCGCGAAGGCCGCUGGCCGUGGAGUCGCGUAUGGUGCUGGAGUCGUUGGAGGAGCCGUCGCGAAGACUGGUGAGGGAAUCGUUGAGACCGGGCGUGACGCGAAGAAUGCUGUCGGCCGGGGCAUCGAGAACACCGGCGAGGCCAUCCAGGAC